AUGAAGCUUGUUGCCUUCCUACUCUUGAUACUGCCUCUAAUUGUCAACUGCCUCGUGGCACCACAACGCAUGAAUCCUCCGGAAACCAAGAUUCGAGAACAACUGGAUGCACUGAAGGUUGCUGAUUUCGAACGCGCCUUUUCCUGUUAUUCUGACGAUAGCCAGGUUGUCCUUGGAGAUGUGGAAAACUUUGCCGAAGUGGCCAGCCAAUCUCCUUUUGAAUUUCUGGUCGAACAUGAAGACGCUCAGGUGGUGAUGGUUUCCACCGUUAUGGAUCCCGAUGUAGCAAGCUGUUUGGUCAAGGUGGUAUUUGGAAAGAAAUGGCGUAAAAAACGGCGCAAUUGUGCGCCUUGUUUGUAUUAUACUUGGGAGUUGUCUCGGGACGAUGAAGAUUCUGAGUGGGAAAUAGAGGCCUUCUUUCCAGACUUUGACGAUGUGGACUUUGACGCAAUUGAACUCAUCGGUGUCGACGACGAUGAAGAGGGGGAAAUGUUUGGUUUUGAAUUUUGA